CGCUAUGGUAACCAACCUCUGUUUUCCGAGGAGUUUACCAGCACUGAAAAUGGCAAAAAGAGAAACAGAUGACUAUGGAGCAUCACUUUCUCAGUCUUCUUUAUCCCCCUUGACUAAAGGCAUGGAGGUAUCACAGCAGAACAGCACGGACGGCACCUUCAAUGGAGAAAUCAUCCACCCGAUUUACAAAUGUAUUUCAAAAGAUUUUCCAAGAGAGUUUAUGUCAUCCCAGGCAAAAGCAGUUAUUAAAACUACUGAAGAUUAUUUGCAGUCUCAGUUUGGCCCCAACAGGCUUUUGCAUUCAGCUACAGUAUCAGAAGGGUCAGGACUUCAAGAUUGCUCCACACAUCAAACAGAAUCAGAUCAUAGCCAUGAUGAAAUAUCAGACCCAUAUAGCUACAAAUCAAAAAGGAAAAACAAUUCUUGUUUUAUAUCAGCAUCCAAGAGAAACAGACGUGUCAGUGCUCCAGUGGGUCAACUGAGAGUUGCAGAGUUCUCUUCUUUAAAAUUUCAGCCAGCCCAGAAUUGGCCAAGAUUAUGUCAAAGACACAAACUUCAUCCCAGAGUGAUUACAGUAACAGCUCAUAAAAAUGGAUGUAGAACAGUCUUUGCCAAAGUUACAGUACCAAACAUCACCUUGUUGCUGGAGGAGUGCACAGAAAAGCUGAAUCUGAACAUGGCCGCACGACGAGUGUUCUUGGCAGACGGCACUGAAGCCCUCAAACCUGAAGAUAUACCCCAUGAAGCCGAUGUUUAUGUUUCAACAGGAGAGCCCUUUAUAGAUCCAUUCAAAAAAAUUAAAGACCAUCUGUUGUUAAUGAAGAAAGUAAGUUGGACAAUGAAUGGACUGAUGUUUCCUACUGAUGUCAAAAGACAGAAAACCAAGCCUGUUCUUUCUGUUAGAAUGAAGAAACUCACUGAGAAGACCUCAAUCCGAAUUCUGUUCUUUAAGAAUGGCCUGGGGCAAGAUGGGCAUGAGAUUACAGUGGGAAAGGAAACAAUGAAAAAGGUUUUAGAUACUUGCACAGUGAAAAUGAACCUAAAUUCACCAGCCAGAUAUCUUUAUGAUUUGUAUGGCAAAAAAAUUAAAGAUAUUUCAAAAGGCAAAACAGCUACCUCUUCUACUCUUGAAGGAGUGGCCUGGCCUUGUGCAGAAAGUGAUCUGUGGGGCCCAGAACUACAGUCUUCCAUGAGCACUGGAGUCAUGUACUCAAGAGACAUCCCCUGUGUGGGCUGCAAAUGCUUACUGGCUGUUGGAGAGGUUAUGGAGAAAGGUCUGAUUUCCCAGCCGUGUCAUGGAUGGGUGGGCCUGACACUCACCUGGGCUGACUGUGGUGCAGAUGUGUAUGUGGGGUGGGGCAUCCAGCAGUGCCAGCAGGACAUCAUGGAGAGGGUCUCAACAGGUUCCUGCCACUCUAGCAGUCCCUUUGGACUGUUGAACCUGGCUGUAGAAGAACAGAAAGAGAAAAUUACUGAAAAAGUAAUUCUUUCACUAACAGCAAAGGAACGCCAUAAGGCACAAGAAGAAGUGAGCAGGCUGAUUGAUGAAUUGCAGACAGCUAUCAAAAGCAACAGAGGUCAUCUCUCAAAACUUGGCCCCCAAUUACAGGCUGAGCAGGAGCAAUUCUCCUCUUAUGUCUACCAACACAUUAAAAGCCUUCCAGCAAACACUCUUAUCCCAGGAGGCCUGCAGCUCAAGAUAUUUGAAAAUGGUAAAGACACUGGAGAUAUCUCUGUUUAUAUCAGCAAAAAAGACCUGGAGUUCAACAGCCCAACUCAGACUGGUGAUAUGAUGGAAAAAUUACUUCUCAAGAUUCAUCAGAAGCUUCAAGGAUCUCCCAUCAACCCACCAGGCCUCAAUUUUUCUUCAAUCCAGCUUUUUGAUGAGCACGGCCAAGAAAUUAAGAAUCCAUUUUUGCUGAAGAAUGAGCAAAAAAUUUGGGUCUCUUACGGUAAAACAUACAGAUCUCCACUAACCCCUGUUUUGAGUCUCACCUUUGACCAGGUGACUGCAUUUGAGAGAGAGGGCAUUACAGUUGCAUAUAAAACCUUCUUGGAUCCUAAUACUGUUCUGCUACCUGGAUGUGACAAUUGGGAAGUUUGUGAGGGAUUCCCAGUUAAUUUCAACGGUACCAGUCAACAGAUACCUGACCAAUUUGAAAAGGUGGAUUUGGAGGACCCCUUCCUCCAGAACAAGGUGGAUCCCAAUAUUGUCCUUCACGCCUCUGUUUCCAUCAUAAAGCAGAGCUCCUCAAGCAGGGAAGUGAGCAGUGGAAGUCAGAUAGCUCCAUCUACCCUGUGGCCUACAGCCAGUGUAUGGCUGAUCACGAAGACUGGAAUGAUCCUGAGCCGGGCGAUAACGCAGGGCUGCCUGGCUAUUGGUCACCCGAUCAGAGUCAAGGCUGCUGAGGGGACAUCACUAGAAGGAUAUAAAUUAAUCCUACAGAAGAGACAUAAAGGAGGUAACUCUCAGGAGUGGGUGUUCGGAACAGACAGCUGCAUUUAUUCUAAGGCUUAUCCCCAGUUUGUUCUGACCUACCUGGAGGAACUACAUGCACCAGUGGAUGUGACCCAGACAGAAGAUCACAUUCACCAUGGUGCCGGGACUACGGUUCAUCAUGGUAACAGCUUAGCAGAAGAGGUUCUGGAAAAAAGUGCCAGCAUCCCUAGUCUGAAGCAACUGCCAGAGCCUUCAGACACCCAUUUAAUGCCGCCAGAAGGUUCUCUUGGGGAGACAAGGCAGCUGACAGUGGCACUGCUGAGGAAACUGGAAGAGAAACAUCCUAAGGCUUCUGCUCAGAGAUGGGCCAUAAAACAUGAAGAGACCAAUAAACCGGACCAGUGGAAACAUUCCAGAGUUGAAAAUCCUCUCUGGAACAAGCUUACCUACAUGUGGCCAGUGCUUCCCAGUGGCCAACUUAAUAAGGAGUUUGAUUGGCCAAUAGAAGGACUGCUGAUUCCAAAGAGUCCUCCCAUGAAGAAAUCCGUCUGUAAGACCCCAAAGCUGCACGUCCCUGUGAGGCUUAGAGUUUUGCGGAAUGGAGACAAGAAUAAAAUCAGAGCGUUUGUUCUAAUCAGUCCGGAUGUCUCACCUGGACGGAAAAUUCAGUGCACUGAAAUUUUAAAUUUGCCCUCUGCGGCUCGGAGAUUGUUCAAUGAAAAGGGAAAGGAAAUCUUUGCCCUAAAAGACCUUCGAAGGGAUGAACUGGUAUACGUUUCAUGUGGAGAACAUUGGAUCGAUCCUGAUGUGUCCAUUGCUCAGCAGAAGAAUCAAAUCUUCCUAAGGAACUUAGCAUCAGAUAUUUCUAAAAUUCAGACUUUCUGCAGCAUGCAUAAGAUAGAGGCUCUUGUUUUAGAAGUCCAAAGUGACAUUGUGUCUGGAGCCAAACUUGCUGUGCAUAAACCUGUGGCAAUUUUUGGAGAAGCGAAGCAAAUUACAGGACCAGAGGAAAAGCAAAUGGAAAAAAAUGCGUUAACAACGGAAAACGCUUCCAGUGAAAUUCUAGAUUCACAUGCAAGAGCCCAUCUUCGAAUGAAAGCUUGUCACACACUACCCAGAUAUGCCUGGCAGGAAACUCCUCAUGACUUUGAUGAGGAUGACAGUCUUCCAAAGAAAAUGGAAGAAGAACUCUUUGAAAAUGAGGAGCCACAGAGGAAAUACAGCCAUUCUCCAAAGCAGAGUAAAUUGCAGAAGCUUUGCCACCAGCAGUUUGAAUACAGAGAUGGGCAAAUUAUAUGCCACGCUGCUCCUCAGCUAGUUUUGGGAGUGAGAGCUCCUGAUCUGCGUUCAGGCAUGGAGGUAGUUUUGGUGGAGAAAAAAGUGGAUGAUAGUCAUCAGCGAUGGAUGCACAAGGAAGGCAGCAGGACCUUUCACCUGGUGAGUAGCCCAGACCUUGUGCUGGCAGUGUCUAUGACCAAAGCAAGAAAUGAAGUCUGUGGCUAUCCAGUUGUUGUUCAGAAAUAUAAACCAUAUAACAACGGGGCUUCCAAUCAAAAGUGGAAUUACAUGGAAAAUAUCAAAGCUUUUGUGGCCUUUCAUAGCACUACACUGGAUAAGGAAGUCACAGCAGCUAAUUAUGCUGGUAUUUGUACAUCCUCUGUGAUUAAAGAGGAAAACAUUGAUCAACCAGGAUACUAUUAUCUCUCACCCUGUGGAAAGAAGAAAAUUGUGCUCUGCUUAGCAUGUGGACGGUCCAUGAGAGCGGAGAAGGAACUGAAACAGUUGCUUCCAGGGCUGCCAUUCCUCUGUGCCUCGGGCUCCAAGACCCAGAAGCCCUUCUCACGAGGGCCUUUCAAGGUCAUCAGUGUGGCAAAGGCUGAUUUAUCUCCUUAUGAGGCUGAGAAAACGCUAAGUUAUUACGAAGAACGUCUGUUAUCUUUACGGACGAAGAGCUGCGCGCUCGCUGUACCUCAGAGUGGUGUAGCAGCCACGCACCAGAAGGCAGUGAAAAUAAUUGCAUACAAAAAUGGCGAUGGAUAUCGAAAUGGGAAGUUAAUUGUGGCUGGAACGUUCCCCACACUUCUUACAGAAUGCACGGAGCAACUGGGUCUUGCCAGAGCAGCCUCCAAAGUAUAUACCAAAGAUGGGACCACAAUUCUUUCCUUACGUGAUUUGGUUUUAUGGGCUCUGAAUGAAUCUUUUAACCAGAGAUACACUGAAGAGCAAAAGAAAGAGGCAGCCUCUGUGGGAACAAAAGAAACAACUAUUAAAAAAACCCCAAGAAUGAAAGAGAAAACCAAAUUAUUUCCAAAGUCUGUGACAUCUGACAGUUUGGGUGGUAUAGAUGAAUCUUUGCUCACCCUCAUUCUCAGAAAUCCCAUUGCCAUCUGGGUAUCUUGUGGUGAACCAUUUCUAUCUCCAAAUGCUUUGCAGAAAGCAGAAAAAUUAGAAAAACAGAACUGGCUAAAAAAGGACAAAAUUUUGGCUGAUCUAGACACCAUGAAACACAAAAUGAGACAGUUAAAAGGGCGGCGAGUAGCGGCAUGUCAGCCAGCCGCCAUGGUUCCCAACAAAAGUCCCGUGCAGCCGGUGGUGGUGGAAGGAGGCUGGACUGAGCAGACGCAGGAGGAAAUUAAACUCAUGGAACUCAUAAGACAUACAGAGGCGCACCUUUCUGCAGUUCAGGAACUGCAAUCCCAAAGAAAUUCUACAGCUGAAACCAAACGUAGGGCACUCGUGCAGAGCAGCCUGUAUAAGCAGCCCAAUGCAAAACGAGUCUGGGUUUAUCCAAAUGGAGGCAGACCUGAAGAUGGUACUUAUGCCUGGGGCAAAACUAUUUCAGAGCUGCUGGAUGACUGUUCCUCUCGUCUCAAAAUGGUCCGCCCUGCCAGAGCCUUGUACACCCCAGCAGGGGAACCAAUCUACUCAUGGGACGACAUAGAGCGAGACAUGGUCAUCUGUGUAUCCACAGGACAUGGUUUUAUAACCCAAAAGGAGUUAAAGCAACUGAUGGAGAUCAGAGCAAAUUAUGCCAGAAUCCGAAGGCAGGAGAGGCCUCAAGCCACAGACACGGUGGUGUCACGAUCGGAAAAGCAGCAAUUUCCGGAAAGAAAACUUCCUUUACCUACUUGUAAAUAGAAGACUGACAGAAAGGCCAAUGAUUUAGAUUGCUGAAGACUCGCAUUUAGGAAAAUUCCCUUCUAUAAAAAAAAUCGGCAUGGUUCAUUUAAAAAGUUAGUCCUAAAAUUUAUCUUUUAAAAUCACUAGAGAAGAAUUACCAACACUGAUAAGUCAGCUACGAGUUAUCUGUAAAUUAAUAAGAAGACACAUCAGAAUCAAAGGCAGCAUUAGCCACAGAGAUUUUAUCUUCCGGUGACAUCUUGUAUGUAUUGUCUAGUUUUUCCAGGCUGUAGACUGGCCUGUUGGAAAAAGUUGCAUAUAUAUUGAACACACCCACCAGACGGCAAGUGCCUGGAGCAGGGACCCUUGUUUUUAUUGAUUUGUGACAGGGCUCUGCCCACAGAGACUCACUGAUAAUGCCCCGCAGCCCCACUGCCAGAGCAACGUCACGGGCACCAGCCGCCUUCCACUCUUGUGCUGGACCACAAACUGAAGUUCCAACAGGAGAAUAAUGGGGAACGCGGACAGGCCCGGCAGCUCAGCGGCAGCCUCCCCCCCCCAUAGUGGAGCCUCCACAGAGGAGUGGCCUCGGAUGUCCGGAGCUGGCCUGGAAAUCCCUGCUCCCUGACCGCAGAGCAACAGAGCACCUUGGAUUGGAGCUUCCAGCUGUCUGUACUUUUAAUGCACUUGUAUAUAAGAGAAUGAUGUUUCCAAACAUACAGACAACUUUCUGAUCAUUUUAUUCCAAGUCAUGUCACAACCAUACUUCAGUUGACCCAGUCAGAACUAACUGUACUCUGUCAGAAAUGAUGUUAAAAUGCUUUUUUAAUUCUCUUUGAGGUAUUAUUUAGAAACCACCUUAAAACUGUUGCAUUUUUAUAUGAAAAAUAUAUUGGAUUAUGAUUUAA